GGAACCCCCAGACUUCAGUGAUAAUAAACCAAGUCCACAUGAGCACCAAAAACCUGUUUCCAUGAGAAGUGACAUGUCCAAAGGGGAACCCCCAGACUUCAGUGAUAAUAAACCAAGUCCACAUGAGCACCAAAGACCUGUUUCCACGAGAAGUGACAUGUCCAAAGGGGAACCCCCAGACUUCAGUGAUAAUAAACCAAGUCCACAUGAGCACCAAAGACCUGUUUCCAUGAGAAGUGACAUGUCCAAAGGGGAACCCCCAGACUUCAGUGAUAAUAAACCAAGUCCACAUGAGCACCAAAAACCUGUUUCCAUGAGAAGUGACAUGUCCAAAGGGGAACCCCCAGACUUCAGUGAUAAUAAACCAAGUCCACAUGAGCACCAAAAACCUGUUUCCAUGAGAAGUGACAUGUCCAAAGGGGAACCCCCAGACUUCAGUGAUAAUAAACCAAGUCCACAUGAGCACCAAAGACCUGUUUCCACGAGAAGUGACAUGUCCAAAGGGGAACCCCCAGACUUCAGUGAUAAUAAACCAAGGGCCACGACAAUUAGCAGCUCCAUGGCAGCCAAAACUAAUCGAUUCGUCAGGGUCGACUCUGGCACGGUUUUCCUCUCGUAUGCAACAAGUGCAUGA